AAGUCCUCAGAUUGAGUCUGUAGGUUUGUCAGUGAGGGGGAGUACAGUCUAAGUGGUGAGGAGUGGAACCGUUAUCCGGUUGUGCAGCAGACACCAUGGUUGACACCAGUAGUGGGAAGAGUACUGCCCCCUCCGAGGUCGAGCAGGCCUGGAUUGCCACCCUUUUGAGAGAGAGGAAAGAGAAGGAGUUCCUGAAGCAGGCGAAGUUAAAGGCUAUCGCAGAGGAGCAGGCAGCGAAGAAGAAGAAGUUAGAAGAAGAGAUGUUGAGAUUCCAGAAGGAGACGAUGAUGAUGUUAGAGCGGGAGGAAGAAGAAAAGAGAAAGGCUGCCGAAGAAGAAGCAGCAGCGGAGGAGGAGAAAGAAGAAGAAGAAGAGCCCCGUGAAAGAAGGCGUGGAGAAGAAAGAGGAGAAGCAAGUGGCACGAAGGGAGAAGACGCGUGGGUGGAAAAGAAGAUUACAGAGUGGGUGGCUAAUUUAUCGUUAGGGGAGGAUGAGGAGGCACAAUUGUACGUGCCGCAGGAGGAGAGAGAAGCGUUUGCCAGGGAGUUGGAAGCGAUAGAUGAUCCCCUGGAACGCCAGACAACAGAAGAUGAAAAGAAAUUGGAGUGGAAGCUGCGAAUGAUGAGGGAGAAGAAGAGGAGGAGAGAGGAGGCCAACAGGGUGGCGAAAGAACUAGAGAGGGUUCAAGCCUGUAGACAGGAGGUGGAGGCACAAGCUGAGGUCCCCGCAAAAUUAGACAAGAUUCUGGGGUACCUAGAGGUUUUGAGCAAGGCCUCGAUAGAAGAGCAUCUGGCCGUUAAGGGUCAAGAUGUGACACUUCACGCCAUUCGAUCCGGUUUCAGAGAGUUUGCGCGCGACAUGGUGACCCACGUUGGGUCCGAGGUUAAGAGGCUAAAGGAGGGCGUAGAUAAGUUCUGCACAGACGCCAUUGAAAGCGCCAAAGUGGUGGCUACUGCAGAGGCCACAAAGCGUCAACGCAAAAAGCCCGUAAAGCUUAAGUUCCCUGAUGCCUAUAGUGGGAAGAAGGAUGAUAGUUUUGACAACUGGGAGGCCGGCAUCAACACUUAUGUGUAUUUACAGCAUAUCGCCCCCGAGGAACAGGUCCUCGUUGCCUUCCAUGCGUUGAAGGAUGAAGCGGCAAGCUUCGCCAGGUCCUUAGCGCGCGGCGCAGAUUGUGAGCACAACAUGAUUGCGUAUUUGCGGCUCACCCCUCUCUCCACUUUUCUCAAACUCCUACGUGAGAGGUUCGCUGACGUCACGAGAGGCGUCAGGGCCUCUGAUAAACUCCAAACCAUCCACUCACGACAGUGGAGGAGUGCGAAAGCACUCAAAGCUGUCAUGGACGACUUGGUAGCCGUCCUGGACCACGGGGUCACUGAGACCCAGUUGGUUCAGUUGUUCUAUCGUGCCAUGUCGGAGCCCUUACGAGGGCACUUCUUUGACAAGACCCAGCAGCCCAACAUCACGUAUGAUGCGUUGAGUAGGGAAGUGGUCUUGUUUGAGGCCAAGUCCAUGCCAGUUUCCACUUUCUGGCACAAGGACUUAGAUAAGGGAAAGAAGUGGAAAGGUCGUACCAUCUCUGGCCAAGUCCGGGCCAAGGAUCAUCUGCUCCUUACCUUAGACGAAGGUGGUACAGACGAGGUCCCCUACAGUGAGAUUGAGUGGGGACUUGAGGAAGAGGACAGUAGCAUGGGUCAGGGGAGGUCUAUGCAGUUGUCGCGGCUGGAGGGAGGCCGCAAGGUAGAGGAGGAGACCAGGGCCAAAGGGGCCAGGCCAUGGGAGGCCGAGGAUCGGGCACACAGGGGCGAGGUUAAGACAACCCGUUUGUACCUUGUGUCAGGAGUAGAUAACUCACUGGCACAUUGCUGUCUCAGUGUUCCCGCGUUCGCGCGACUAGUGAGAAAGAAGCAAUUAGAAGAUCAGGUCUUCGUAGUCUACGUCAGACUUGUCACUGAGCCUAAGGAAGAGGAUAGUUCCAUGGAUCCAGCCAUUGCCAAGCUACUAGAAGAGUUUAAAGAUCUAACAGAGCCUUCGACAGGAGUAGUGUCGCGACCAAUCCAGCACAGGAUAGAGAUAGAGCCUGGCAGUAGAACUCCUAAGGGAGCAGUCUACAGGAUGUCCCCUAGAGAGUUAGAGGAGCUGCGGAAGCAGUUGGAUGAGCUCCUUGAGAAAGGUUGGAUUAGGCCCAGUUCGUCUCCUUUUGGAGCACCAGUUUUGUUUGUUCCUAAGAAGGAAGGAGAGCUACGUAUGUGUAUAGACUAUAGGGGUCUGAACGCUAUUACGAUUAAGAAUGUUGAACCGCUGCCCAGGAUAGACGAUCUCUUAGAUCGGGUGCAGGGUUGCAGAUAUUUCUCCAAGAUUGAUUUAAAGUCCGGAUAUCAUCAGAUAGAGGUCCAUCCUGAUGACCAGUACAAGACCGCGUUCGGGACUAGAUAUGGGCAUUAUGAGUUCAUAGUUAUGCUCUUUGAACUGACCAAUGCGCCAGCUACAUUUCAGCGAUGUAUGAAUGAUCUGUUUAGGCCUUGGUUGGAUAGAUUUGUCGUAGUUUACUUAGACGACAUUCUAGUAUUCAGUAGGACCCUCCAGGAGCACCAGGGUCAUUUGAGGCAGGUCUUGGAGAAGCUGAGAGAAGAUAACUUCAAGAUUAAUGCAAAGAAGUGUGAGUGGGCCAAGACACAAGUCCUGUACUUGGGCCACGUGUUAGACGAAGAUGGCAUUAAGCCUGAGGACAGUAAGAUAGCGGCGAUUAGGGACUGGCCGACGCUCCGCACAUUGACAGAGUUGCGAUCGUUCCUAGGCCUAGCUAACUAUUACAGGAAGUUCGUAAGGAACUUCUCGACUAUCGUCGCUCCCCUUCGCAGGUUGCUCAAGAAAGAGGCAAUCUGGCAGUGGUAUAAGGACUGUACGUCUGCGCUAAAGAAGUUGAAGCGCGCGUUAAUAGAGUAUCUUGUCCUCAAAGUAGCAGAUCCGUCCUUGUCAUUUGUCGUCACCACGGACGCGAGUCAGUAUGGUAUAGGCGCCGUAUUACAGCAGGACGACGACAAUGGCUACAGACCCGUAGAGUUCAUGUCAGCAAGGAUGCCCUCAGAGAAGGUUGCUACCUCGACGUAUGAGAGGGAACUCUACUCUCUCAGGCAGGCUUUAGAGCACUGGAAGCAUUACUUGGGAGGCACUUCAAGUCCGAAAAAUGACGGACUGCACAAGGACGCCUGGACCAAGGGAAAAUGGGCCACGACCUGCCCAAGACUCAACCAUGAUAUCAUGAGACAGAGAUGCAGCAGGUCCCUUAAGGGUGAGAUUCUCGGACCCCAGGGAGAGCGCGUAAAUUGGAAUUCACCAGGAGGGAUGCGACGUGUCGUCAUCAUCCUGAAUAACUUGGAUAUAGCCACCGUAGAAGCAGAGCCGGUAGCCGAUAUUGUUUGGGACCAACCGAGGGGACGUGGACCACAGGCGAAUUUCAUCCUAGAAGGCAAUGGGCAGGAUAGGGUAAACAUCACCACCCGACGGGCCGGUGCGAAAAAAAAACUUAUUCGAGAUACAGUAAUGGAAGAAGUCGCAGAGACUAGCGCAGAUCAAGGGGAAACCGAUGCCGAAGGGCCGGAAAAAGUCUACGGGAAAGCCAGGGAGGAGGAGCCGGUAGACAAAGCCGUGGCGGCAAAGAAAAAAUUCAGAUACCAAAUUCCGAUCCUGACCGUGCCGGAAGUAGACGGUACAUUGAGCAAACUGUUAGGUAUCAUGGUAUCGGUAUCCUUUCAGACCAUGUUACAAGCAAGUCCGAGACUGCUUAAGAGUCUCAGGCAACUGCUAACGCGCAGGCGCGUGGAGAUGGAGGAGGCCCCGGAACCGCACGAGCAGGAGACGGAAGAGGCAGAGACACCCCAAGGCGUCUCCAACCUCCAAAGGAUUCCUGGGGAUCUGGAGGACCUGGAAAAGGCCUUUGCAGACAUCCGCCUAAGCCUACCGGACCGAGAAGAGGGUGAAGUCAUGAGGGCGCCACCCGGGACGAAGCUUAGCUUCCAUGCAUUGCCCGUAGGAAAGCUGAAAAUCCAAAUCGGAACCCACCACACAUAUGCAUUAGUGGAUGGUGCUGCAAAAAUUACCCUCAUACGACGGGACUUUGCAACAAUUACCGGCUGCACCGUAAACAAGGAAGUGACGGGAGUAUCCGGGGAGCUGGCGGGGAGAUUCCCUUUGCAGGCUAGUCAGCAUCCAGCCCCGCGUCUUGGAGGUAGCAAGGCCGAUCCCGACCGUUCAUUUUUUAGGAGAACGAUCCCUGAAGGAAGUGUGCGAAAAUACAAGCCCGUAGGGAAGAAAGCCAAGCCGGUCUCGAUCCUAGUCGAAACAUCAAGGGAAGAGGCCAUGGAAAAGGAGGAAGAAAUCCUGCGGAUAAUAAGGGAGAGGCGAGCAGCGGAAGGGCACCGGAUACCUGAUGAGAUAGCGGAUACCAUGAAGAUAGGGGUAGAAGGGUUUCUAACGGCGGAAGAGACUCGGUUGAUAAGGAGGGCGUGCCAGAAAUUUCUCCUAGCUUUCGCCUUUAAUGACCACCAGAAAGACCGAUUGGACGCAAAGCUAAUUUACCCCGUUAGGAUCCACACUGUGGAACAUGAGUGCUGGAAUGACAAGGGGCCCGCCUACGAGUUCGGAAUAGCUGCGGAAGUCACUGAAUUGCUCAGAGCCAAGAUAGAUUCGUUCGUGGCCGAACCCACCGCAUCCUCCUACGCGAACAGGUGGUUCGUUUUUCGGAAGCCCAACAAAUCGCUCAGAUGGAUCCAGGACUUGCAGAAGCUGAAUGCGGUUACGAUCCGGGAUGCGGGAUCACUUCUGCAGGCCGACCUACUGGCAGAGUCUCACGCCGGACGAAGCAUUUACUCCCUGAUAGACCUAUAUUCAGGCUAUGACCAGCUACCGCUCGACGCGAGAGAUAGACCGUACACCGCCAUGCACACCCCUGUAGGACAGCUGCAAAUGCAAGUGACUCCUAUGGGCUUCACAAAUGCUGUGGCGGAGGCACAGAGGAGGAUGCUUACGGUCGCAGGGGACAUGUUCCCGGAAAAAUGCGAACCCUACAUAGAUGACAAUCCCAUAAAAGGCGCGCAGGACAAGGAUGAGACAGAGGUCCAGCCGGGCAUAUGGAAGAAAGGAGUUCCACACGUGUCUUCGAGCCCCUUAGACCUACCCGGGUACUGGGGCCGGGGCACCUCGUCCACCUUGACCUCGGGAAAGGGAGUGGCCGAUUGGGUAGAGGACUUUUACCUAAGACAUCCCUUUGUGCGCAGGUUCAAGGCGGAUAAUGGGACAAAAUUUGUAAAUCACCAAGUGCUAAGCAGGCUCAAGACGCUGUGCGUACCUAUCAAGAUCAUUGAACCAUACCACCCUGAGGCCAAUGCACCAGUAGAAAGGGGGCACCGGACCUUGAAAAACACAAUCGCUAAGUUGGCGGCGGAGGACCUGGGGAACUGGCCUCGAUACCUUAAGCAGGCGGUCUUCUCUGAGAACAUGACGCCAAAAAGGACGACGGGAUGCAUUCCGGCAGAACUCUGGUAUGAGAGGGAGAUCGAUUUUCCGGUGGAAGCCCUGGUUCCUACCUGGAACAGGCUAGAUGACAAUCCGCACAUGUCUACGGAAGAACUAAUUGUCGCACGUCGCCAACAGGUCGUGAGAAAUGAGGAAGCCUUGGAGGAUGUGGUCAGGCGGGUGAUGGAUAGUCGAAUGAAGGACAAAGCAAAGUGGGAUCAGGUAAAGAACAUCCGGAAGGAGCCGCUCCAGGUGGGAGAGAAGGUACUAGUUAGGAACUCGACACUUGAAAGCACAUGGUCUGGACAACUGGGGAAAAGGUGCAAAGGCCCCUACAGGGUCGCAAAGCAGAUCCGGACUAGAUUCAGCUUGAUCCCUUGGGAAUCAUCAUCUGUUAUCACUGAUAACAGGCGGGAGGACGAGAAAAGCGGGCUGAUUUCCUCCACUAUGGACGGGAACAUUUAUGACCAGUUUGGGGAAUUCAUUGACAGAAGGCUCGAGGGAGUGAGAGCGGAAACCCAACGAAGGGCGGCAGCCGGGCCCCCACCUCCUGCCACGUUCAGGCUGUGGCAGGAGAAGAAAGGACCAUCGAUGGGGAUAGAGGAAUUCAGGUUAUGGCAGGAAAAGGAAGAACCACCAAUUGGGGUAGAGGAAGUGGGGAGCGAUGAGGAAGUGACUCAAGGGCCACGAGGAGGAAGUAAGAGGGAAGAGCCCAUAAUUGUCGAAUCGGACGACGAGGACGAGGAAAGAAGGGUGGAACCUCCGUCCGUCUUAUUGAGGAAAAUGAAGGACUUGCUGGACAAGGUGGGAAGGUACCAACAGAAGUUGGUGGGCCUCUGUGAGGAAGUGAGGGAAUGGAAGUCUAGCAUCCCCAAGGUGUUCCUGUACGACUUUGGCCCAGAGUCAGCGCCUAGGCGACCCGGAGUAAAUGUGGUGGGGUCGGGCCCACAAUUGGGAGUGAUGGGGAGACCCCUCACCCCGCAGGCCCGGCUGGCGCAGGCAGCACGGACGAGGAGUCAAGCCAAGGCCAGUGCCAGCCAAGAACCUCCGAGGAGGGAGCCAAAACCAGGAAAAAGGAAAGAGGCCGUGGAAGUGGAGGAUGACGAUGAUGAGGAGGAAGAAGACGAGAGGCUGCGCCGGGAAGAGGAUCAGAGAGAGGAGCAGCGGGCAAGGAGAAAGGGAACCAGGGAAGAGGCCGAGUCGGUCAUGCGUGAUAGACCGCCUAAGAAAAAGAAGUACGCGGUUCGGUUGGAAGAGGGGUUUUAUGUGGAAAUAGUAAUUGACAGGCUGUUAGAAGGGCAUAAUGACCUUAUGACCCUGAAAGAAAUCUUGGCAUCAGCCCCAAGGCUCCGCGAUGAAUUGAAGGGGAGGUUGUCGCAGUGCCUGGUGCCCAAUGUCCAUCUAGGUACGAUCCUGCCCAAAGAGGCCGAGUGGGCGGAAUCGGGCGCGAAGAUGGACUGGAAAUGCGUGGCCUGUGGCACAGUGGACUUGGUGGUAAAGGGCUCCAAGUGUGCGGCAAUGGUGGACACCGGGGCUGAAAUGAACAUCAUCCGGGAGGCGGAUGCUAUCCGAUUCGGGUUGGAUAUAGACCAAUCUGAUUGCGGAAUUCUACAUGGAGCCAGCUGCAAGGCCGUGUUUUGUGGGACAGCCUCGAAUGUACUCAUCGAGGUUGGAAAGGUGAAGGCCCGAGCUUGCUUCUUCAUCAUGCCGGACGUGGACCACGGGAUCCUCCUAGGAAGGGGGCGGCUCAAGCAGGGUUGCCAAAGGUGGUACAAAACGAUAGAUAAGAAGUGCCGCCCGGUCCCGGUCCUCGUUACGGAGGACGAAGAGGCGUAUUACGAGCGAGAGCGAGGGCUGAUACGGCGGACGAGGGAGAGUGCUCUGGCAGGGCCAUGCCGUAUCAACGAAGGGAAUGAGGGGAAGUUGAUUAUAGGGGAACCCGACUUCCUGUUGCCUCAGGAGCGAACGUUGAUGGUGGAAUUGAUGAAGAGGAGGCAUCACGCCUAUGCAUUUAGUGACGAGGAGCGUGGCAGGCUGAAUGUGGACAAGAUACCUAUGAUCCGCAUCCACACCGUGCCACACGAACCUUGGAACAUGAGAGGGGCGCGAUAUCCUAAUCCCGACGAGGAAAAGAAGGUGGUGGAUUACCUCGACGACAAGAUACGUACGCACGUCGCCGACUAUUCGAGUGGACCGUAUGCGUCCCCGUGGUUCUGCUUCAUUAAGCCUAACGGGACGCUGCGAUGGGUGCAAGAUUUGCAGAGGCUAAAUGCGGUGACCGUGCGGGAUGUUGGAGGACUGCCAAAUGCGAGCGCUUUGUCAGAAUCCUGUGCUGGAAGGCCUAUAAUCUCACUUAUAGACCUUUACUCAGGAUAUGAUCAGUUUCCAGGCUAUCCGCCGGACAGGCCAGCGACGGCUAUGCACACGCUGCGAGGACUAAUCCACAUGAACGUGGCCCCACAAGGGUGGACCAACUCGGUAGCAAUGGUCCAACGGGCCAUGAUUCGGGCUAUGCAGUCAGUCAGCCCCCAUAUCACACAGCCAUACAUCGACGAUUUGGCAGUGAAGGGGCCGACAGUAAAGGAGAGCGACAAAGUCUUGCCAGGGGUAAGGCGCUUUGUUUGGAAGCACAUCCAGGACCUCGAAAAGGUUCUCAGCCUGCUCGAGGAGCAUAACCUCACGGCGAGCGGGGCCAAAUCCAGACACUGCAUGAGAGAAGCGACUAUCUUGGGGUUCGUCUGUAGCGAGAAGGGCCGAAGGCCGGAUGUGAAAAAGACGGACAAGAUUACUGAGUGGACAGAGGGGGAGGCGGUGGAGAAUACGCCCCCAGUUGAUGGAUUUCUGGAUCAGGAGGAAGAUGUUCGUCUCCAUAUCAACAAGUGGUCGCCACGAGUACCCAGCUGUGUAGGCUAUCCUAUCUGGCAAGCGCCAAAUGGGUAUGAACGGAGGGCCGAGAUAGUCCUCAAACCCUUUGAAGAAGAGGAUCCCUGGGGUGGUCUGACUUUACGAAGACAGCCAUGCCAAGAGGAGGGAAGGGGACACGGCCGCCUCAGAGGCCGUUGGGGGCAUCAGGAGGGUAUGACUCCGUAUGAGCGGCAUGGGCCUCGCCAUCGAGAGAGUACUCCGGUGUACGAUGAUGGUGACAUUGAGCUAUUCCUUGACAGUCUCUGGGAGCAUGCGAGGCGUAUGGGCUCGACCGUGGCCCAGGCGAUUGAGAGAUUGAGGGGAGUCGGUAGGUUCGAGGAGCCCAUUACCCGGAUCCGUAAGGAGGCGACGACGAGGCCAGAGGUGGAGAUGAGGAUGCAGGAGCUACAACCCUCGCCUGUGGGACCUGAUGGCAGGCCGAUCCGUCUAGAGAUCGGAAAUGAGGCAGACUUUAUCCCCGCUUUCGAGUGGUUCAUGCAGGGGCAGGGUACACCGAGAGAUGACUGGGCGAGGACAUUACCCCUCUGGACCAGAAAGGCGGAGAGGCCACUGGCUAGGCAGAUCAUUGAUAUUGCCUGGGAUUGGGAGAGCUGCAGGGCACACCUGAGGGAGGCCUUUCGACGGCCACAGUCGCCUCAGCCCCGAGUUGAGAGGCGCCAGAGCAGCAGGAGACAGAGGGACCCUGAGCCCAGUGAGGCGAGGCCGUCUCGAGGGGGACGGAAGGCCCUAACCAGGAGAGAGGAGGAGCCGGAGCCUGAGGAUGAGGAGCGAGGGGCGUAUCCUGAGUGUGGACUGGGACCAGUGGAGUUCCAUCGUUUUACCGAGGGUGGGUUGAGGAGGCCUCCAGUACGCACGCAGGAGGAGGCGCCGGCAUCUGAGGGGCCGUUGAGAGAGUUGGAGGCGCAUCUGGAUGUCUCCCGAUGGGAAACGUCGCCUCGAGGGAAGGAAGUGAUAGAGGUUGGAGAGGACACGCCCCCUCAGACGCCAGGGGUGGGUUUGAGACUCGGGGAUGCACCAGGGAGCACUCGCCAGGCAGGAGAGAGGUUGCAGAGAGAGGAGGCCCCAUUGCCUCCAUCAGAAAAGGCUCCUUCGCCGGAGAGAAGAGCAGAAAGGAAAAGAGAGGCUGCAGCUGUAAGGAGAGAAGCCUUGGUCAUGAUUGACAGACACCUAGCAGCUCAUGCCCUGGAGCACCCAGACCUGGAAGAGCCAACACCUGCAGAGCCGCACCAGGAGCCGUGCCAGCCCGAGAAGGAGGUAGAGGCAGAGAUCCCGAAGAGGGUCGACCUCCGCACGAGGGAGAGGGCGCCAGCUGGAGAAACAACUGAAGAAAAGAGGGCGAGAAGAAGCAGGAGGAUAGAAGAGAUAUGGCAGGAGAGGCAGAGGUUGGAAGCGGCGGGGGCACUUCCGGAGCAGCAGCAGGAAAGGCAGAGAUUGGAGGCAGCAGGGGCGCUCCCGGGUCAGCCACCCAGCGAGCCAGCUAAGGCCCCGGAAAUCCCAGAGAUGUGGAGGGACUUCUGGGAGCAGAGAGGAGAGGAGCUUCCCUCGCCGAUCAGAGCCGGGUUUGGGAUAGCAAAAAAGGCGGAAGAAAGAUUGGAUCGCAAAAUCAAGUUCCUGGCCAAGACUAUUGGAAAGCGAUCUGGCGGGGAAGAAGACAAAGGAAGAAGGCUAUGGAGUACGCCUGGAGGCUAUGGAGGUGGAAAUCCAGGAACUCAGGGCAUUGGUGGCCAGUCAGGCGGCUAUCAUCAAGAGUCUGAGGCAGCAAUCUUAGGGAAAGUAGAGCCUCGCCAGGAGUCGCCUAUGGGGAGAGUUAUCCUCGGGCCAGAGGAGGCGAGAGCCCGGAGGGAGGCAGAGAGAGAGGCUUUCGAGUUCAGAGCCCCUACUGAGCUCGCGACGCUACCUAUAGCAGCGGCGGACCCAGUCAUACCUUUGGCAGUUGAGGAGGGAGUACCACCGCCUAGCAGUGAGCCAGCUCAAGGCUCAGCAGAGGGAUCCAUGAACAUGCUCCUUGAGGCAGUGCAUACUAUGCAGGAGGAGGCGAGUUUGUUUUCGCCUGAGCAGAGGAUAGAGGAGCCUCUUGAGAGAGAGAUGGGGAUUGAGACAGAGGGUGUCAUCGAGGGCGGCCCCCAGAGAUUGGGCACACCUGAGUACGGGCCAGAGGGGAUUGAGGAUCGACCAGGGCCGAGUACCCAGGAGGUGGAGACAGGAGAGGAGCCUUUGGAUAUGCCUCAGAGCCAUGAGCUGAGCAUGGAGGCCAGCGAAGCACCAUCGUCGCCAGGGUCUCAGAGAGGAAAGAAGAGAUCCAGGAAGUGGUUUGAUACGUCCUGCUUCUUCUGUACAAAGGAGGGGCAUCGAGCCUUGCAGUGUCCUAAAUUCUUAAAGGACAAGGCUGAAGGGAAGGUUACAGAGGAGGGAGGCAGGAUGUAUGAUAGACAGGGUAGGGUAGUAGAGAGGUCUGCAGAUGGGGGUAGAGCUCAGCUGUAUAGGCAAAACCAGAAGGAGAUGAGUGAGUAGGACUGGGUUACCUAUAUGGUUGACAUGUUGUGUAUAGGACCAAAAUUAUGACUGGAUAACGUCCUCUAGACCUAUAGGCGG